GUAGUUGUAUUAAAAUGCAUGAACUCAUUUUAGUGGCAUAAAUCUUUUAAUUAUCUCCUAAGCGCAUGCUUGACAUAAGAUGUAUUUACGGGAAGAAGUCAUGGCGUACUAGGUAUGUCUGGUACUCAAGCUUAUCACUAUAUUGUUCAGCUGUUGCAACCUGGUGGGCUGAGCAAGGGUCAGAAACGCAUCCUUCGUGCAGAGCAAGAAGAAGGUGUAAUAGGCCUGGUGAAGACACAAACUGAGUUUGCUGUCAGAUCUCAACCAGUAAAAUACUCAGAUGAUCUGUCUACAACAACUGUCAAAAAAUUUGAAGACGAUAGCAGAACUGAAGUCCUUGCUGCUGAGCAUAAUGACAAAGCCCUGAAUGCUAUUUUUGGUGCAGUUGAUGCCACACAAUAUCGCCUCAUUUCAAACUGUAUUAGUGCAAAGGAAGCAUGGGAUAUCCUUGAAGUCACACAUGAAGGUGAUGAAAAGGUCAAAACUGCAAAGUAUCAGAUUCUUAUGACACAAUAUGAAAAUCUGCGAAUGGAUGAGAAAGAAACUAUUGUAGAAUUUCAUGGAAGAGUUCGUGACCUUGCAAAUCAAGCAGCCAGAUUACAAGAGCCGUUUCCAGAAUCAAAACUUGUUCUAAAGGUGCUGAGAUCUCUACCAGAAAGGUUUGAUAUGGAUGUCAAGGCAAUCUCUCAAUCACAUGAUGCAAAAAAGAUGACUCUUGAUGCUUUAAUGGGUAAUCUUGAAACAAUUGAAUUAAACAUGAAAGAGGAUAGCAAGAGACGAAAACCAGAGAAGCAAAUUGCCUUUCUAGGGACUGAUCUGGAAAAUGAUAGUGAAGAUGCUUUAGCAUUUGAUGAAGAAUUCCAAGAACAGCUGUCCCUAUUCACAAAGCAGUUCAAAAAGAAGUGGAUUCAAAAUAAGGGAAAGAAUCAAAUUCAAGAAGGACCUUCUAAGGCAUCCACUUUCAGGGAACCACGCUUCAAAGAAGGAAAGUCGUAUGAUAACAGCUCCAAGUACAAAGGGCCGCUGUGUUUUGAAUGUGGUGGUCAUGGACAUAUCCAGACUAAAUGUGCAAACAACCUCAAAAAGAAGAGACAAGCAUUCUCAAUAACCUGGAGUGAUGAGGAUACUGACGAAGAUCAAGGUUGUGAGGAAAACAACUGUGCUUUUAUCUCACAGUCAGAGUCAGACGACCUAGUUGAGCAACACAUGGAUCUUCAAGAAAAGUGGACUGAACUGCUCAUGGUUAACAGAAGAAAUAUAGCAGAAAAGAAUUAGCUGGCUUGUGAUCUAAAGGUUCUGAAGCAGAAUCUAGAGAAAGCAGAAACAGAUAAUGAAAAUCUGAAAUUUGA